UUCCUGUUUCGAGCUUUCCUGCAUCCCUACUGCUCCUACCUUGGAGGGGGGGGGGGGACUGGGAUUGCUGGAUAUGGCCUACCAUGGGAUACAAGCAAUGACUGUCCCAGGCCUGGGAAGGCCUUGUCUGCUGUUACAUAGCCUGGGUGGGUACCAGCCUUGUGGAUCCUUGUGGUGUCAAAACACAUACCUGGUUAGCUCCUAGAAUACGAGCCCUGCUGACCGCUUCCCCAAGGUGACUCAUGGAAAUAGCUGGUGCUGAAGAACCAGAGCUGGGUCAUCAAUAAGAGAACAAUCUAUGGUGUGUGGACUGCUAGCUGACUGCCAAAGAUAGUUGAGGGGGUGUCGGGGGCAGGAGGAGAUGUCCGUGGACCGGUGGGUGCUUCUGUCAUUGUGGACAUGUACUCAUUUUAUUUGGUUGACUCUUGGGGAAUACUACUGGCAUUUUUUUCAUCUUGAGUGGGAUGCUAGACACCCUAAAGGGUUUAAAACCUCCUUUACUGUGAACAGUUCCCUAGAUAGACAUCAUCAUGCAGAUGAAAAUUCUGUUUUAUAUGAGCCUGGAGUUGGCUGCUGUUGGAAAUGGUCUCACGAGGUUCAUGCUGAUCUGGAACUUGUGAUCCACUUAUAUCUGCCUUCAGAGUGUUGGGGUACAGGCAUGUGCCACCGCCCCUAGUCAAUUCUGAAGAUAUUUUUUUAAGUGCAAACAUGAAAUAUUUUUGUGUAUUUGGGGGAGGGGGAAAUGGAGGACUCAAACCUACACAAAGAAUUGAAUGCAACAAAGGAAUGUUGGGAAUGGGAGUAAGUCUUCCCCCAGGGAAUGGCAUAAAAAUUGGUUAUCCAGUACCAAAUGGUCAGUUCUGGAAACAUACCUAUGAAUAACACUAUACAGACUGAGCAGGUUAUAGUUAGUAAUACAUAUGUGUAUAUACAUAUAUUUGUAUAAUAAUAAAAGGGACAUGAAUGUGAAAAGUGAGGUGGAGGGGUAUCUGGGAGGGUUUCCAGGGAGGAAAGGGAAGGCAGAGGUGAUAUAAUCUCAAAAAUAAAAAAAAAAUUUAAACAAUUUUCAGGGAAUUAUACUUCCAUGUAAAGUAAAUGUGUACUUUGUUCAAUGUUUUACCAAAAGUUUGUUCACUAUUUUAGAAAACCUGGUCACCAAUGUCAAUCCUGCUUAUGACAUCUGAAUUCCCAUUAAAUGUCAUUGACUGGCUAUCACAUCCACAGUGAUCCUGUUUAUGGGUGCAGGCGGCAGACUGCUCCAUUUCUUCUGGUUUAUUUGUGCCCAAACUUUCACAUUUUGAAGUACAUAUUACUAUUAAUUACUCUUGCUUUACAGUGAGUGCGUUUUACGUAGUGGUCAUUGUCAUACAGGAUGUGGGCGUUUUAUUUAUUUAUUUUUGUUUUUUGAAACAGGGUUUCUCUGUGUAGUUUUGGUGCCCAUCCUGGAGCUCACUCUGUAGACCAGGCUGGCCUCAAACUCACAGAGCUCUGCCUCCCGAGUGCUGGGAUUAAAGGCGUGUGCCCCCACCACCCGGCUGAUGUGGGCAUUUUAUGCAUGAGUUUUGUUUUGAACUGAUCCAGGGCAUGUCUUGUUUGGUUGAGGAAUGUGCACCUAAUAGAUGAUGCUGAAUGCUGAUGAGGCAGUUUGCAAAAUUUCUUCAGGCUAUCUUGAUGGGUCUUCCCUAACCCUCCCGUUUCCAGAGCCUGGUCUAGAAGCAGGGGAUAUGGCUGAAAAUUCUUCAGGGAGGGGUCCAGAACUCAGCUGCUAGGUUAAUGGCUGAUGGAAUUUGCUCAAGAGCUGGGCAAAGGUGAAAGAGCCAUGUCCUGCUCCCAAGCCCUUAUUUCUCUCUCUCCGCUUCAUUGACACCCCCCCAGCCCCUCCCCACAACAGCCAGCGCACUCUGCUCACACUCUGACCUCUUACUUUACUCAACUAGCCCAGGGCGGCCCAGACACAAUCAAGUCAGGGCAGCAUGAGCCGAUCCCCUCUCCAUCCAAUCCCACUCCUACCUGUGGGCUCCCAGGAUGCCCCUGCUCCCCUGCCACCACUGCUGCCCCCUCUUCAGAAUCCCCCCUCCCACUCACGGGCCUCUCGGUGUGGGCCUUCCACCUGGGGCCUCAGCUGUCUUCUGGCUCUGCAGCAUUUCCUGGUCCUGGCAUCUCUGCUCUGUGCCUCCCACCUGCUGCUGCUCCACAAUCUUCCCCCAGGGGGGCUCUCAUACUCACCUGCUCAGCUCCUGGCUUCCAGUUUCUUUUCCUGCGGUGUGUCUACGGUCCUGCAAACUUGGAUGGGCAGCAGGCUGCCUCUAGUCCAGGCUCCAUCCUUAGAAUUCCUUAUCCCCGCGCUGGUGCUGACAAACCAGAAGCUACCUCUGACCACCAAGACACCUGGAAAUGGUGAGUACAAAGUCAAGACAGUCUCCCUCUCACUGCGCCUGUGUAGUUUGACAAGCUGCCGUGGCCUGGAGCUCUGGAACACUCCUCUCCGAGAGGUGUCGGGGGCAGUGGUGGUAUCCGGGCUGCUGCAGGGCACAAUAGGACUUCUAGGGGUGCCUGGCCGUGUGUUCCCCUACUGUGGGCCACUGGUGCUGGCUCCCAGCCUGGUUGUAGCAGGGCUCUCGGCUCACAAGGAGGUGGCCCAGUUCUGUUCCGCUCACUGGGGCCUGGCCUUGCUGCUCAUCCUGCUCAUGGUGGUAUGUUCUCAGCACUUAGGUUCCUGCCAGGUACCCCUGUGCUCCUGGAGGUCAGCUUCAGCUUCUUCAACUCCCAUUUAUAUGCCUGUCUUCCGGCUCCUUUCGGUGCUUACCCCUGUGGCCUGUGUGUGGAUCAUCUCUGCCCUUCUGGGUCUGAGUGUCAUCCCCCUGCAGCUCUCUGACCCCACUGAGGCACCAUGGUUUUGGCUGCCUCACCCAGGUGAGUGGGAUUGGCCCUUGUUGACGCCCAGAGCCCUGGCUGCAGGAAUCUCCAUGGCCUUGGCAACCUCCACCAGCUCCUUGGGGUGCUAUGCCCUGUGUGGCCAGCUGCUGCAUCUGUCUCCUCCACCACCCCACGCCUGCAGUCGAGGGCUGAGCCUGGAGGGGCUGGGCAGUGUGCUGGCAGGGCUGCUGGGGAGUCCCCUGGGCACCGCAUCCAGCUUCCCUAACGUAGGCACAGUGAGUCUUUUCCAGACCGGUUCACGGCGAGUAGCCCACCUUGUGGGGCUGUUCUGCAUGGGGCUUGGGCUCUCCCCAAGGCUGGCUCAGCUCUUCACCAACAUCCCACUGCCUGUACUUGGUGGGGUCCUGGGAGUGACCCAGGCUGUAGUUCUGUCUGCUGGAUUCUCCAGCUUCCACCUGGCUGACAUCGACUCUGGGCGAAAUGUCUUCAUCGUGGGUUUCUCCAUUUUCAUGGCCUUGCUUCUGCCAAGGUGGCUCCGGGAAGCCCCAGUCCUGCUCAACACAGGCUGGAGCCCCUUGGAUAUGUUCCUGCGUUCACUGCUGGCAGAACCCAUUUUUCUAGCUGGUCUUUUGGGCUUUCUUCUAGAAAACACCAUUUCUGGUACACAGACUGAGCGAGGCCUGGGUCAAAGGCUGCCAACUUCUUUCACUGCCCAAGAAACUCAGAAGUCCAGGGAGAAGGCUGCUCAAGAGUAUGGGCUUCCUUUACCCAUUCAAAACUUGUGUUCCUGCAUCCCACAGCCUCUCCAUUGCCUCUGUCCAAUGCCGGAGGACUCUGAGGAUGAGGAAGGAGGGCCCUCUGAAACAGGAGAGAUGGCCGACUUGCUGCCUAACUCUGACGAGUCAUGCCCUACAGCGAGCAGAGAAGGGUUUAGGUCCCAGUAAUUACCAGGAGCACCAUUUUUGUCUUUAUUAGUUUAGCAGUCACUCCCGGCUUGCUGGAGCCUCUUGCCUUCAAGGCAAUACUUUCUCCCAGUGAGAAGGUGUACGUGGCCCACCUAGAUGCGCCGUUUCCCAGCAGAAAGGGCUGCCUUUCCUCCUCUUAAUCAGGCUGAAGUUUUCAGAAGCAGGGGGCGUGGGUUUAGUGAAUAAAUGAGAUUUUUUUUGCCUGUGGAC